CCGGCGGGCGCUCAGGAAAACCCCGCGCGGCGCGGGCAGGACGGGCCACCCGGGGGUCCCCCACUUCCCGCUCGGGCGCCGGCGCGGCGAAUGGACCCGGGGCGCGCAGGUGUCCUAGGAUCUCCCAAUGGGGCGGCUUUGCUCUGGGCUCACAUUCCCCGUGAGCUGCCUGGUCCUGGUGUGGGUGGCCAGCUCUGGGAGUGUGAAGGUCCUGCACGAGCCCAGCUGCUUCUCCGACUACAUCAGCACCUCUGUCUGUCAGUGGAAGAUGGACCGUCCCACCAACUGCAGUGCCGAGCUCCGCCUGUCCUACCAGCUGGACUUUAUGGGGUCUGAAAACCACACGUGUGUCCCUGAGAACCGAGAAGACUCAGUGUGCGUGUGCAGCAUGCCGAUAGAUGACGCGGUGGAAGCGGAUGUCUAUCAGCUGGACCUGUGGGCUGGGCAGCAGCUGCUAUGGAGCGGCUCUUUCCAGCCCAGCAAGCAUGUGAAGCCCAGGACCCCCGGCAACCUCACAGUUCACCCCAACAUCUCCCACACGUGGCUGCUGAUGUGGACAAACCCGUACCCUACUGAGAAUCACCUGCACUCUGAGCUCACCUACAUGGUCAACGUUUCGAAUGACAACGACCCCGAGGACUUUAAAGUCUAUAAUGUGACCUACAUGGGGCCCACCCUCCGCUUGGCAGCCAGCACCCUCAAGUCUGGAGCUUCCUACAGCGCACGUGUGAGGGCCUGGGCUCAGACCUACAACAGCACCUGGAGUGAUUGGAGCCCCAGCACCACGUGGCUUAACUACUACGAGCCCUGGGAGCAGCACCUGCCACUUGGCGUCAGCAUCUCCUGCCUCGUCAUCCUGGCCAUCUGCCUGUCCUGCUACUUCAGUAUCAUCAAGAUUAAGAAAGGAUGGUGGGAUCAGAUUCCCAACCCAGCCCACAGCCCCCUCGUGGCCAUAGUCAUCCAGGACUCACAGGUGUCGCUCUGGGGGAAGCGGUCCCGAGGCCAGGAACCAGCCAAGUGCCCACACUGGAAGACUUGUCUUACCAAGCUCCUGCCCUGUCUACUGGAGCAUGGCCUGGGCAGGGAGGAGGAGUCCUCCAAGACUGCCAAAAAUGGGCCUCUCCAAGGUCCUGGAAAAUCAGCGUGGUGCCCUGUGGAGGUCAGCAAGACGAUCCUCUGGCCAGAGAGCAUCAGCGUGGUGCAAUGUGUGGAGCUCUCUGAGGCCCCGGUGGACAAUGAAGAGGAGGAGGAGGUGGAGGAAGAUAAAAGAAGCCUCUGCCCAUCGCUGGAGGGCAGCGGGGGCAGCUUCCAGGAGGGCAGAGAGGGCAUCGUGGCCCGGCUGACAGAAAGCCUCUUCCUGGACCUUCUCGGGGGUGAGAAUGGGGGCUUUUGCCCUCAGGGCCUGGAGGAGUCAUGCCUUCCGGCCCCUUCAGGGAGUGUGGGCGCUCAGAUGCCCUGGGCUCAGUUCCCAAGGGCCGGGCCCCGGGCGGCGUUGCCCGAGGGCCCGGAGCAGCCUCGCUGCCCCGAGUCCGCUCUUCAGGCCUCCCCGACCCAGAGCGCAGGCAGCUCCGCUUUCCCAGAGCUGCCCCCUGUCGUCACAGACAACCCCGCGUACCGCAGCUUCGGGAGCUUUCUGGGCCAGUCCUCUGAUCCCGGGGACGGUGACUCCGACCCAGAGCUGGCCGAUCGUCCCGGGGAAGCGGACCCCGGCAUCCCCUCUGCCCCCCAGCCCCCGGAGCCACCUGCCACCCUCCAGCCUGAGCCAGAAAGCUGGGAGCAGAUCCUGCGCCAGAGUGUCCUCCAGCACCGGGCAGCCCCGGCCCCUGGCCCGGGCCCCGGCAGCGGUUACCGGGAGUUCACGUGCGCCGUGAAGCAGGGCAGCGCCCCCGACGCCGGGGGGCCGGGCUUCGGCCCUUCUGGGGAAGCGGGGUACAAGGCCUUCUGCAGUCUACUCCCUGGCGGUGCCACUUGCCCGGGGACAUCUGGGGGUGAGGCCGGCAGUGGGGAGGGGGGCUACAAGCCCUUCCAGAGCCUCACUCCUGGCUGCCCUGGGGCCCCCACCCCAGUCCCUGUCCCCCUGUUCACCUUCGGACUGGACACGGAGCCACCUGGCAGCCCUCAGGACUCGCUCGGCACAGGCAGCUCCCCAGAGCACCUGGGUGUGGAGCCGGCAGGGAAGGAGGAGGACAGCCGCAAGACCCUGCUGGCCCCAGAGCAGGCCACAGACCCCCUCAGGGACGACCUGGCCAGUAGCAUCGUCUACUCAGCCCUCACCUGCCACUUGUGUGGCCACCUGAAGCAGUGGCACGACCAGGAGGAGCGUGGCAAGGCCCACAUAGUGCCCAGCCCCUGCUGUGGCUGCUGCUGUGGAGACAGGUCCUCACUCCUGCUGAGCCCCCUGAGGGCCCCGAACGUCCUGCCAGGUGGGGUUCUGCUGGAGGCCAGCCUCUCUCCGGCCUCCCUGGUACCCUUGGGGAUCUCGAAGGAGGGCAAAUCCUCUCCCUUCUCCCAGCCUGCCUCCAGCAGUGCUCAGAGCUCAAGCCAGACCCCCAAAAAGCUGGCCGUGCUUUCCACAGAGCCCACAUGCAUGAGCACUUCUUAGAUGCAUCCUCUGGUUGCUGAUGUCUGCAGGUGAGGGCUGGGCCUUAGCCAUGCCUGUGACACGCCUCCCCCUGGAAGGGGGCCAGGCUUCCAGAUUUACAAAAGACUUGGAAAACCCUGGCAUGAAGUUGUGAGGCGGUCUGACACGGGGGUGCAGAGACUGGACCUCCCCCUGCAUCUCCCUGCCUUGGCCCGGGACUGUCACCUCCCAUGGGAGUAGAUGGCCUGGGGCAGAGGCACCUUCAGGGAUGAGGAGCCCCUUGGGCACCUCAGCUUGGCCACAUCAUCGGCCCACAGCUUGUCCAGUGUGCUGUCCCUGUCAUGGCCCCCAGGCGUGCUUUGUCCAUCUAAUCGCCGGGUGACUUGUGUCUUGCCCAGUUCUGGGAUGUGCUCCUGCUGUCCCAUGGAUUGGGUGCUGAGCCUAGAAACCAAGCAAGCCAACAGGUGCAUGCCUUGGGAAAUUGAAGUCCAGGAAGGGUGGUAAUUUGCCCAGAGGUGCCCAUCCAUUCAACAGACCUUCCUUAGGUUGACACUGGGGGCAGACCUGGGCCGUGGCGGGGCAGCUUUGUCAUGUGCUGGUAUCAAACCCAAAAGUACACAGAAGAUUGUGAUCACCAAGCCAUGACGAGUUGCUGGCAGCUUCCUCACACCCUAAGACUGGGGGCUCCUGUGAAGCACGGGAUCCCCAGAAUAAACACAGCCAGCUACCUUGGGGCCACUCUGCGCCCCCGUGGAUGCUUGCCCGCAGCCAUGGAGAGGCGGGAUGCAGAGAGUGGUUCCCGUCCAGUGACCCGGCUGAGCUGGGCGUUCUGGGCGGUCCAUGCCGGGCACACUUAGCCUGCACAUUGACCUACCCCUCAGGUUGAGUAAUGUUUGUUUGCGUCUCAAAGAUUGUUUUAUCACCUGGUAUUUGUCUAUGCUGAGGAGGGUGGAACGAGAGGGUGUGGAGUUUUAUAUAAAUAAAGGCUGUUUAUCUCCUCCCCCUUCCUCCCCCACACUUAUUAAACAGACACACUGCCAGA